AUGUCGGCGCCGUCCGCCAACGCGGCGCAGCCGGUCGCGUCGUCACAUGGGGCAGCCGUACCGCAGCCUUCUUCGUCCUCCUUCUCAGCUGCCCCCUCAGUUGCAUCCGCCAUCAUCCCGGACAACGAAGAUGAAAGCCACAGCGAGUCCUCCAGAAGUGCAGCUCCCUCCAGCGAACAGGCCGCGGCUUUGUCAUCGGCUACCGAGGAGAAGCCCGGCUUCGAGUACAAUCCCGGUGUGCGCACCUUUGUUGGAGGCAAACACAAAGAAAAGUGGUACCAGGUCUGGCGCCCCAAGAAUCCACCACCCGCGCCUCCAGCCAGCCUCGACGACGCUACCCUCAUCCCACUUGCCAAUGCAAGCAUCAUCAACCGCAUCUUCUUCCAAUGGAUGACCCCCAUCAUGGUCCUCGGCUACCAACGGCCCCUCGAAGCGACUGAUCUCUGGGCCCUAUCCGAAGAUCUCAGUGCCAAACAGCUUGGCGGUCAGCUCAAUCGCGAUUGGGAGCGACGCGUUCGCGAAGCCAAGGACUACAACGCCAAGCUCGAGUCGGGCGAGAUCCAGCCCGGAUGGAAGAGGCGCACCUCCUGGGCGCUCCGGUACACGCUCAAUCCCAAAGGCGGCAAUACAAAGCAGCGCGAAGCCAGGUGGAGAGCUCCGCCCAAGCCAGCUCCGGCUACCGCUGCGCCUGCUGGACCUCCCAAGCCAGGCAAGCCCAAGGCGCCAAAGACCCCAAAGGAUCCGUCCGGACACAAGAAGCCUUCGCUCGUUUGGGCCAUGCACGACCAGCUCGGCUGGAAGUUGUGGUCCGGUCUGCUCUUCAAGAUUGUCGGCGACGCUUCGCUCAUCACCUCGCCCUUGGUGCUCAAGGCCAUCAUCAAGUACGCCCAGGAACUCUACUCGGCUCGCGCAAGGGGCGUUCCGGGUCCCAACGUCGGGCAUGGAGUCGGUCUCUCGUUUGCCCUCUUCUUCAUGCAGAUCAUCUCGUCGCUUGGUACCCAUCAAUUCUUCUGGCGCUCCAUGUCGUGCGGUGUCGAGUCGCGUGCCGCGCUCAUCACUGCCAUCUUUGACCGCGCCAUGAAAAUGAACGGCAAGGCCCGUUCUAGUGGCAAGCUCAUCAACCACAUCUCCACCGACUGCAGUCGUAUCGACUUUGCCUCGGCCUGGUUCUCGGUCGUCUUUGCCGCUCCCAUCCAGAUGAUCAUCUGCAUCAUCAUUCUCCUCACUCAGCUCGGUCCAUCCGCGCUCGCCGGUUUUGCCAUCUUUGCGCUCGCCACUCCGCUCCAGCUCCAAGCUAUGAAGGCUCUCUUCACCAUCCGAAGAGGUUCCAUGAAGUGGACGGAUGCGCGAGCAAAGACGAUCCAGGAAGUGCUCGGAGGCAUGCGCAUCGUCAAGUCGUUCUCGCACGAAGCUAAGUUCCUCGAUCGCAUCUACGACAUUCGCAAGAACGAGCUCAAUGGCAUCCGCAAGAUCCUCAUCCUCCGAUCCGCCAACAACGCCAUCGCCUUCAGUCUGCCUAUCUUGGCUGCUGUGCUCGCCUUUGUCGUCUACAGCUUGACCGGUCACGAGCUCAACCCUGCCAUCGUCUUCCCCUCGCUCACGCUCUUCCAGCUCCUCCGAAUGCCGCUCAUGUUCUUGCCUCUCUCGCUUUCGGCUACCACCGAUGCCAAGAACGCCUUUGACCGUCUCUACACUGUCUUUACCGCAGAGCAGCUUGAAGAUACGGUCGAGCACGACGAAGAGAGCAAGUACGCUCUCACCGUUCGCGACGCUUCGUUCCGCUGGGAGACCGUCGAGGCCGAUGAAGCGCUUCAGUCCAAGUCCAAGCCCAAGGGAGGUGCCAAGGGUGCCCACGCAGACAAGACGGCCGGGGCUGGAGCCAAAUCUGCAUCCAGCCAUGGCAUGUUUGGCAAAGCAAAGAAGUUGAUGAAGAAGUCGGCUGCUCCUCCCGCCGCCAACGAGCCCGGUCUGCCUACGCCGGUGUCCGCAAAAGAGCCCAACUCGGACAACGCGCGACGCCUGCAACAGAUUCAAGCCGAACAGAAUGACACGACGGCUGACGGCGACAACGAGGCGAUCGUCACCGAGGCACAGCUCGAGCCCACGCUAGGGGACGCGACGGAAUCCGAAAAGGAAGUCGCCGAACCAGUGCAGGAGCCCUUCUCCAUGUCUCACGUCAACCUCUCCAUCCCCAAGGGCGAGCUCGUCGCUAUCGUCGGCCCCGUUGGUUCAGGCAAGUCGUCCUUCCUCCAGGCUUGCAUCGGCGAGAUGCGCCAGACGGGUGGCUCGGUCCAGUGGGGCAGCGAGAGGGUCGCCUACUGUUCUCAGAGCGCCUGGAUCCAAAACGCUACCCUACGCAACAACAUCCUCUUCGGCCAGCCUUUCGACGAAGAGCGCUACUGGCAUGCCGUCAAGGUCGCCGAGCUCGAAGCUGAUCUUGAGAUCUUGCCAGCUGGCGACCUGACCGAGAUCGGUGAGAAGGGUGUCAACCUCAGUGGUGGUCAGAAGCAGCGAGUCAACAUUGCGCGUGCUCUUUACUACAACGCCGACAUUGUUUGCCUCGACGACCCGCUCUCGGCCGUCGAUGCGCACGUCGGCAAGGCGCUCUUCUACAAUGCCAUCAUGGGUCUGCGCGCUCGAGGUGCCACUGUCCUUCUCGUGACUCACGCCCUGCACUUCCUCCCAGACGUCGACCGCAUCAUCACGCUCGAAGACGGCCACAUCGUCGAGAUGGGCACCUACGACCAGCUCAACACCGCCAACGGUCCCUUCCAGCGCCUGGUAGUCGAGUUUGGCGGUGAAAAGGAGCAGGAAGAGGAAGUCAAGAAGGAGGACGAAGAGGGAGCCAUCGAGGACGCCGCGGUGGACGGCAAGAAGGCCAAGAAAGUCGAUCGCGCCCACCUCUCCGGAGGCAAAGGCGGUGACAAGGCCGGUGCCCUCAUGCAGGCCGAGGAGCGCAACACGGGCUCCGUCUCGAUGCGCGUCUACCUCUCGUACCUCAAGUUCGGCCGCGGUGCCUACAUGGUGCCCAUCUGUGUCUCGAGCAUCGUCUUCAUGCAGGUGGCCAACAUCCUCAACUCGUACUGGCUGAUCUGGUGGCAAGAGAACCAUUUCAACAAGCCGAUCGGCUUCUACAUGGGCAUCUACGCCAUGCUGGGUGUUGUCAUGACCAUGUUCACCUUUGUCAUGGGCUGCGCCAUGGGCUUCCUCAGCUACUACGCCUGCAAGCGUGUUCAUCACGAGGCCAUCCAACGAGUCGUCUACGCUCCCAUGGCUUGGUUGGAUGUGACGCCCAUCGGCCGCAUCAUGAACCGAUUCUCCAAGGACGUCGAUGUGGUGGACAACCAGCUCGCCGAUGCCGUCCGAAUGGCCGCCAACACGCUCGCCUCCGUUGCUGGUGCCGUCAUCCUGAUUACCAUCUUGACACACUACUUCGUGAUCGCCGUCGCUGUCGUCCUUAUCUUCUACUUCUACGGCGCGCUGUUCUACCGCUCUUCUGCGCGAGAGGUCAAGCGCUUGGAUGCCAUUCUACGAUCUAGCCUCUACUCGCAUUUCUCCGAGACGCUCUCGGGUCUUGCUACCAUCCGAGCCUACCGCGAGACCGACACGUUUAUCAAGGAGAACCAAAAGCGUAUGGACGUCGAGAACCGCGCCUACUACCUCAGCAUCACCAACCAGCGCUGGCUCGGUGUGCGCCUUGACAUGCUCGGUGCGCUCCUCGUGCUUAUCGUCGCCCUGCUUACUACGGCCAGCUCGAGGCCGAUCACAGGCGGCAACGCAGGUAUCGCGCUCACAUACAUGCUCACGGUCGCACAGGCCUUCUCGUGGAUGACGCGCCAGAUCGCCGAGGUCGAGAAUGACUCGGCGUCGGUCGAGCGUCUGCUGUACUACGCGGAAGAGCUGGAGCAGGAGAAGGCGCAGACGCGACCCGACAACCCGACACGCGAGUCGUGGCCCGAAGAGGGUCGCAUCUCGUUCAACGACAUCUGGCUCAGCUACCGACCUGGACUGCCCUCGGUGCUCAAGGGCAUCUCGUUCGAGGUUGGAAGCGGCGAGAAGGUCGGCAUUGUCGGCCGAACCGGUGCAGGCAAGAGUUCGCUGUUGACCGCUCUGCUGCGAUUGGUCGAGCUCAGCAAGGGCUCGAUCGAGAUCGACGGCAUUGACGUUGGCAACAUUGGUCUCGAGGAUUUGAGACGCAAGCUGGCGAUCCUGCCCCAGGAGCCACUGCUUUUUAGCGGCACACUCCGAACCAAUCUGGACCCCUUUGGCAUCUACGACGAUGCACGACUCAACGAUGCGCUCAAGCGUGCCUACCUCAUCGGCGACGACACGCACACGCACGGUGCGACCACUCCGGUCAUGCCCGUUCUCGAAGCAGGUAGCGAAUCCGCCUCGAUCUCGGACGACGAGAAGAAAGCGCUCGAAGUCUCGGGCGAUUCGACCCCCGGCCGCGCCGUCUCGCGCAUCAGCCUCGACACGGUCAUCGAGGAGGAAGGUGCCAACCUGUCGGUGGGUCAGCGCUCGCUUGUCUCGCUCGCCCGUGCGCUGGUGAAAAACUCGAAGAUCAUCUUGCUCGACGAAGCCACCGCAUCCGUGGACCUCGAGACGGACGCCAAGAUCCAGCAGACGAUCCGCGAAGAGUUUGCCAACCGAACCAUCCUCUGCAUCGCCCAUCGUCUCCGGACCAUUUUGUCGUAUGACAGGAUCGCCGUGUUCGACAAGGGCGAGCUGGCGGAAUACGCGAGCCCGCUCGAGCUGUUCGAUAGGCCAGAGGGCAUCUUCCACAGCAUGUGCGUGAGGAGCAACAUCACCCGCGAGGAGAUCCUGCGCAACGUCAAGGCAGGCUCAACGACGGCUUUCGCUUGA